UACAUGGAAUUUAGUCUGUCAUUUCAAGAAAAGUGGAGCUUGUGAAUGUUCUGAAUUAGUAGUACAAGUUUUACUAUAGAUAUGUUUAAAAUAUAUUUUUUUGUUUCUUAGGUGGGUGUAAACAUACUGUUGUUAUACUACAUUGGCUACAAAAACGAAGUGAUGAACCUUCACCUACCAGUGUCCAAUGCUACUGGACGAAACCCAACCUUAAAAGAGCUCUAGAAAGACCGGUAAUGUGUAAAGAUUUGGCGAAAGGAGAAGUAGCUGAAAGGGGGCCAAAGGACCCUCGUGUACUAAAAAGACUGAGAGAAGAAGCAAUGAAACAUGGUUGUGGCAAAAGCCUGCUCAGUGCAUAUGAUCCUGAAAGACCAACUACCAUCAUGUCAAAAUAUUGCAUUUUUGACAUGAUGGUAGAUUUUUUUGAAAAGGAAAAUACUCCAAGUUUCAAUAAAUUUAAAAUAUUUAGCAAAGAAGUAAUGCGAGAAAAUAAAGAAAAAAUCAUGAAAGAAACGGAAGGCCAAGUGAACUCGAAGCUGUGGCAUUCUAUUCGACAAGGCCGAAUCACGGGUUCAAAGAUUUAUGAAGUCGCUCAUUGCAAGACACCCCAGGGCAGUCUUGUUGAAGAAAUAUUAGGAGGAAGCAAAGCACCAGAAACGAAAGCCAUGAAAAGGGGUAAAAUCCUAGAAAAACGAGUACUAAAUAAACUAAGAACUGAUAUAAAUAAAGAAAUAGAAGAAUGUGGAUUUUUGAUAAUAGAUGGAAUUUUUGGAGCAUCGCCUGAUGGCAUUGGAGAUGACUUUGUGGUCGAAAUUAAGUGUCCCAUUUCUGACAAAACUAAAAAAAACUAUAUAAAGAAUGGGCAAAUUGCUAAUAAGUUCAUGGGCCAAGUGCAAUUAGAGAUGCUAGCGGCUGGCAAAAAUAAGUGUUUGUUCUGUGUAGCGGACCCAAAAUUUGAGAGCAACGGGAUAAUAAUAAUAAAAUAA